AGAGCUGGCAGGGGCCUCGGGGUCACCUCGGGUCUAACCCCCUUCGUUCUGCUUGCGGGGAAACUGAGGCACCGGGCAGGGUCACGGAGUUGAUGGCGGCGUCCGUCGCCUCCGCCCUCCCCGGUGACGGGUCUGGCUUAUCCGAGGCGAGCUGCCUCCUGGGGAAGCCUUCCCUAACCGUCCCGCUUCGGAAGGGCCUCCAUCCCCUUUAGUCUUCUCCCGCCGUAACCUUCCUUCGUCGUACUGCCGCUCUCCGAAACUGGCCUGUCCCUUCGUUUCCGGCCUCCUCUGCUAAGUGUUUACCGGAGGCGCGGAGACACGCCUCCCCCGGGCAGGCGUCCGUUCGGUCCCGGCCGCCGCGGCCGAGGCGCUGUGCCGAGGGUCGGGCGUGUGUCCUCCCAGACCUUUUCCUGGGGAGGAGCCUGGUUGCGAACGGUACCAGGUCGUGACAGGUGCCACGAAGCAGCAGGGCGAUGCCAUCCGGGGUUGCAGAUGUGCAGUGAGCAAAGCGGGGACGCCUCUUGAGGAGAUAACCUUUUAGAGAGGCGAGUCUAACCGCCUUACCGAAUUAACAGCUCACCUACGAUACGCCUUUAAAAGUGGACCUUUUUGAUGAGCUUGGGCCCAAAAUGAGUCUGUUUGGAACGACCUCGGGUUUCGGAACGAGCGGGACCAGCAUGUUCGGCAGCACAAGCACAGACAACCACAACCCUAUGAAGGAUAUUGAAGUGACAUCAUCUCCGGACGACAGCAUUGGUUGUCUGUCCUUCAGCCCGCCGACCUUGCCCGGGAACUUUCUUAUCGCAGGAUCGUGGGCUAAUGAUGUUCGCUGCUGGGAAGUUCAAGACAGCGGGCAGACGAUUCCGAAGGCCCAGCAGAUGCACACGGGGCCCGUGCUGGGUGUCUGCUGGAGUGACGAUGGGAGCAAAGUAUUCACCGCGUCGUGCGAUAAGACUGCCAAAAUGUGGGACCUGAACAGUAACCAGGCCAUCCAGAUCGCACAGCACGAUGCCCCCGUCAAAACCAUCCACUGGAUCAAAGCCCCGAACUACAGCUGCGUGAUGACCGGGAGUUGGGAUAAGACUCUGAAGUUUUGGGAUACACGGUCUUCAAAUCCCAUGAUGGUUCUGCAGCUGCCUGAGAGGUGCUACUGUGCUGACGUGAUCUACCCGAUGGCCGUGGUGGCGACCGCGGAGCGGGGGCUGAUCGUCUACCAGCUGGAGAACCAGCCGUCGGAGUUCAGGAGGAUCGAGUCGCCGCUGAAGCACCAGCACCGGUGUGUGGCUAUCUUCAGAGACAAGCAGAACAAGCCGACCGGGUUCGCCCUGGGCAGCAUCGAGGGGAGGGUCGCCAUCCACUACAUCAGCCCCCCAAACCCCGCCAAAGACAACUUCACCUUCAAGUGUCACCGCUCGAACGGAACCAACACCUCAGCGCCUCAGGACAUCUAUGCGGUCAACGGGAUCGCCUUCCAUCCUGUUCACGGCACCCUCGCCACCGUGGGAUCCGAUGGCAGAUUCAGCUUUUGGGACAAAGAUGCCAGAACGAAACUAAAAACUUCGGAACAGUUAGACCAGCCGAUAGCGGCUUGCUGCUUCAACCACAACGGAAACAUCUUUGCCUACGCCUCCAGCUACGACUGGUCCAAGGGACAUGAGUUUUAUAAUCCCCAAAAGAAAAAUUACAUCUUCCUGCGUAAUGCGGCCGAAGAGCUAAAGCCCAGAAAUAAGAAGUAGAGGCCGAGGCCCCGGGCCGUCGGGAGCUGUUCUCUCUCCACUCUGCCUCGUCUUCGUGCGGAUUUGGGUCCCAGUUCUUGGUAGGUUGUCAGCCCUGGACGUGGAUUUGAGCCCCUGGAGAGAACGCUUUCUGUUCAGCAGGCAGGAGCCCCGCCGCCCGUCACCGGGCUCUGCUGGGACUCAGAGGGGACUGAAAUUACCCUAGAAGUCCGAUUCCGGGGGGCGCCUGCGGGCAUUUGCAGCUCUGUUCAGCGUCGUCGUGGAGAACACUGGGGAACGUUCUGCGGACGCUGUGCUGCAUUUGUAAUAAAGUGUUCUGAGCACUGCCUCCCGAGCUCCCUCUGUCUCUCUCCCCACUGGCCUCCGCCCGUCCAGCCCGGUCGUGGGGUCUGAUUUGUGAUGUGAGACGCCGUCGCCGCAGCCUCGCGGAGGAGGGCGGGGCUGGGGCCGUGACUGUCGCCCGCCGUGCGGCCUCCGUCCCGUCUGUGACAUCCCCUGUGUCGUCCAGCUCUGCCGGCCGGGGCGGGCCUCUCCCUGUGACGUGCGUGAGCUCCGAGCUCACGCCCAGUAACUGGAGUUGCCACACGUCGCUUGCUUGCUUUCUUUUGUUUAAUGUAAUUCUUAAUUGGUAAGUAUCUGAAGUGGAAUUCCGCUUCGACAUUUGACUCGAGUCUGUGGUCACGCUUCUGCCCUGUGACCCCAGAGGCCGCUUCCGCUUCGCCGUUCGGGGCUGGGCUGGAAGCUGACUCCUGCGGGGCGGAGAUCCGGCCUGGGUGAGACUGUAAGACUUGUUUGCCUGCUCGUGAGAAGCAACAGAAAUAAAAUUUUCUGCUGAAAGAGA